AUGGCGACGACGGCCGCGGGGUACGGCUGCUGCUCGGCGGGGCUGCGGCCCUCCGUGUUGUGGCCGGGGAUCCUCUCGACCCGCCUGGAGCCUCCUCCUCCUCGUGUGUCCCUUGCCGCCGCCUCCUCGAAGCUCAGGGCGCUGGCACCGCGGUUGAGAGUUUCGUACCGUCCAAGGAGGCUCGUUGUCUCUGCUUCCUCCUCCGGCGAGGCCAAUUCGGACGCACUGCCGUCGCCAACGGAAGCCAAUAUUGAUAUAAAGCUUCCUAGAAGAAGCUUGCUUGUUCAAUUUACAUGCAAUGCAUGUGGUGAAAGGACCAAACGCUUGAUAAACAGAGUAGCCUAUGAAAGAGGAACAGUUUUUCUUCAGUGUGCAGGGUGCCAGGUGUACCACAAGUUUGUUGAUAAUCUUGGUCUAGUUGUUGAAUAUGAUCUACGGGAAGAAAACGAGGUACAAGGAGAAAAUGCGGUGAACAGCAGUUCUGAAGAUUGA